AUGAAGCCUAAGAGGCCAAGGAGAACCGGUAUCCACUAUGUUGAGAAUGAUAUUGACCGUAGAUUCACAUUCAUCAAGUGGCGCGAUGCGCUUUUCAAAUCCGCAGCUGACCUAUCCAUCCUCACUGGCGCGAAAGUUGCUGUUGUAGUAGAGUCCGAACGCGAAAAAAAUUUCGCAUUCGGCACUCCAUCAGCUGGCCCCAUUAUUGAUUCUUUCCUUUCAGGGAAUGUGGAAUGUCCAAUCCCUCAUGAGGUACAAAAGGCCAACAUCAUUUUUCUAGAAAAUAAGCUAGUCCGGCUAGGGAAUCUCAAAGACGUGCAGGACAGGAGGAUGAGGGUUUCUAUGGCAUGUUCCAAGGAAAUUCAAGAAAGUUCAAAGAUUGCUAAGCUUGUCUAUGUUGAGAUAGAUGAUCUCAGUGUCGACGAGCUCAAUGAGCUGCUACAUGGGCUCACACGGAUCAAUCAAGAGAUUGAAGAUAAUUUGCGUGCUUCACAAAUCCAGGUGCCACCAAGACAUUUGCCAUGGACUUCUGUACAACCUCCCUUGCAGAUUCCAAGAUCGUCUAGUGCUGUCCCAGAGCCAUCAUGGUUGCAGUCCUCACUUCUGAACUCAACCACGCUGCGCUCACCACAAGCACCACCAGUGCCCCCGUUACAACACAGUCUGAUGCCACAGCACCCUUGGGUAGCGGAUAUGUUGCCACUACCUAACGAAGCACAACAGUACAACGAUCAAAGCCAGCAAUUGGUCAUCAACAGUAACCCCUCUGGACAUUUCUGGCUACCGUCUCUACUAUCCUCCGUGCCACCGCCACCACCACCACCCUCAUCAGAACAUCUACCUCCAGAAGUUGAGCUUCCUUGCCAAGCACUGAAUUUAAAUCCGGUGCUGCCACCUCAAAGUCAUGAAACUAACACUCACUCCAUCUUAGAAAAUAAUGAUCUUUCACUUUUUGCUGGUAGCACUGAGGGGAACAAUUACCCAACUAAUGGAAGCCAAUUUGCCAGUUACCAAUGGAAUUCACUUAGUCCUUCAAUGAUCUGUAUUACGGUGCUUUUGGAGGCCAAGAUGCUGGUGGUCAUGACAUGCCUGGUCCUUCUGGCCUUAAUCAACAAGGAACUUAUGAUUGGGUCAGCAGACCUUAUUAGACCUUCAAGCACUGGCGAUGGUAGUACAGGAAAUAAUCUUGGUGAUAUGGCCAUGACAUACACUAUUGACAAUGGAGACAGGCUAGAGCUGCGGCCGUUAUGCAUGUUUUUGAAUAUGGAGCAACGCCGAAGCCUGGAGAAGCUAGGUGUGACGGCCGUUCAACGUAAUUGUUGCAUGGGCAGUCUGGUUAAUGGAUCCAUUCAAGGCAUGAAUGUAUGGCCUUCUGAGAGGCAUGGGUUCAUCGGAGCUCGCACAACCAUCGCCUUCGUCUCCAAGUAG